AUGCCACAAAACAUGCCACUUGAACCUCCGUUUGAAGGUGCUAAUCUUUAUCCUACAAUAGAAUCUCCAAAUCGUCGUUGGUAUCAAAAGAAGAAAUAUUUUAUUCCAAUCAGUUUAUUGGCAGUUUUAUGCAUCGUGGGAAUCAUUAUUGGUUCUGUUAUAGGGAGUAGAAAUAAUAAUAACAAUUCAGGUAUAGUUUUUGAUAACUUUUCAAAUCAAAA